AUGGUUCCCCAACCGUUCUCCCCUUCCUCUAAACUAUGUACAGGUGCGUUGUCAGUAAUCACUGGGUGUUGUCAAAAACUUACUAGCCCUAGGUCCAAGAGAACUUGGGUGGCAGAUGACGGUCGAACCUGCGCGGGCUGCAAGCUGCAACCCGGUUCUAGUGCCACAUCCUCGCAAAAGGGUUUCAAGCGGUGUUCGGCUUGCAAGAAGGCGUGGUACUGCAGUCCAGGCUGCCAGAAAGACGACUGGGUUCGCCACAUUUUCGACUGUGAUACAAAUCAGGAGAUUACUGCUGCCCAUCAUCUCGCACUUGCCGUCCGCGACAAAUCGUUGCCAACAGAUCACGCGACGCUAGUCGAAUACGGCUUCACCAGGGCACCAACCGAGCAUGCAAAAUUACAGCUGCUAGGCGUAUACGUGGAUCUAAUGGAGCGGCAUCAAGUGACGACGAAGAAGAUUCACCGCUGGGUAUCGGAAGGCGAUCUAGCAUACUACAUACAGGCGACGUUCACAAAACUCCCCGACGUGUCACGCGGUUCCCACUAUGCGUGGCUAUCAAAGAAUAUGUUCGUGCUUGACACCUUCUUGCCGGUCCUGGAGCUCGAACCCGCGCUUUCGACGUCGACGUUAAACAACGCACGCAAUGCUCAACGACGCCGCUGCGAUGGAUGUCACUCGAUCGCGGGAGACACAACUGAUGACCAAGAGUGGCAUGCACAAGGCAUGGGCCGUUUUGCAGCAUACAAGCAGUGCGGCGGCUGCAAGAAAGUCUGGUACUGUAGCCCGUCCUGCCAGAAAGACAGCUGGGUCCAUCACAUCUUCGAAUGUAAACCACGACAACCCAUCAAUACGGCCCAUUACCUAGCGCUUGCUGUCAGGAAUAAUCUGUUACCCGAGGAUCCACAGACUUGUGAUGAUUAUGGCUUCACUAAAGCAUUCACAACCGAAGCGAGGUCAAAAUUGUUGGGAGUCUACAUUGGGUUGAUCGAACGGAUGGAUAUCCCGCCGAGGAAAGUACAUAUAUGGCGAAUCGAAGGCCGUUUAUUGCGAGAGAUCAAAGCAGCAUUCGAGACCAUGCUCCCUCCUGGUGCGCGUGGCGGCUAUUAUCCUUGGCUAUUAGACAAUCAACAUCUCCUGGACGAAUCAGUACCCGACCCACGAAGCGACCCAAUAGUCGAAAUGAUCAAUCGGGGGUUGAAGUACGCCAACAUGCGCCUUCUUCCUCCUAACGAAACCACCGAUGGGCUGCAACGUCGACUCUCAGAGCUACCAAAAGCUCAAACUGAGUGCCUCAUGUUCGCCGCCAAAUUACUUUCCAAAGCCCAUCCCUCGCCUCACGAUGGUCCCCAAUAUAUGGCGUUUGGCUUCUGUGCCUGUACCUGCGAAGAGGAAGAAUCGAUCCUUGGUCGUCGGUGGCAGGAGUUAUUGAGCAAAUCCACCUUCAAGGAACUCUGCCAGGCGUAUGACUCUGGCUCUACUCUUUCGCUUUUCAAAACGAAGAAGAUACUCGUCCCAACACCGACUAUUGAAGAGUUCUUGAAGGGGUCCAAUUCGCUCUAUUCCGUAUGGAAGCUCAAACAGUUUGUCCUCGGCACGGACGAUUCGGUGCUUCGGGCUGCUCGUUCCGUCUGGGUCGACUACGGUUUCAUAAACUGUGCCUCCGACGCUGAGAGGCUAGACCUCAAAUCCAUAUACAAAAGCGUUUUCCAGUCUACGAAGUACCCGACCAUGGAUCCCCUCGAGCUGCAUCAAGCGUGCAUUUCAGGGAAACUUUUCGACUUCGUGGGGCAGUUUUACACGUUCAAGGAGAAAAAGCGCAACAAAUAUAUCCGACUAUUCGAAAAUCCGUACCCUCUUCCUGAUCUAUAA